GGAAAGAGAAAGACAGAAAGGUCCACUGUUCGUGACUUUGUGUGUGUAUAUAUAUACUCCGUAUUUAUAUAUUUAUGGUAGUACUUUAUUAAGUUGCAGGUUUUGAACGUAUGAUUUAUCUGUUGCCUGUGGCAUAAUAGGCAAUAGAAUGAUCUAGUCUCCCUUGAUAUGUGUUAUUCGGAGUAUUAUAUAUAGAGGGUGUGGGAGAAGAAGGUUGGACAGGAUUGCUGUCUUCCUGACUUCCUCAAUAGUUGUUCUGAAGACGCUCUGGCAAACCGAAAGUUGUCACCUUUUUUCGUGUUGGCUGAGAGAAUCUCGAAAGCCUUUCUUACCCGUUGUAAUAUUCAUCGAGAAUUACCAUGGAAGCUACAGUAAGCUACUCACAGAACAUGGAUGAUGAAUAUGAAAAACUCAUUAGAAGAAUGAAUCCACCAAGAGUGGUAAUUGAUAAUGAAACCUGCAAAAAUGCCACUGUGGUACAGGUGGAUAGUGCUAACAAACAUGGUAUUCUUCUGGAAGUGGUACAGAUCCUCACAGAUCUUAACCUUAGCAUUACAAAGGCAUACAUAUGUUCUGAUGGAGGAUGGUUCAUGGAUGUCUUCAAUGUCACAAAUCAAGAUGGGAAAAAGAUAACAGAUGAAGCAAUCUUAGAUUAUAUUAUGAAGUCUCUUGGGCCGGAUUCUUGCUUUGCAUCCUCGAUGAGAAGAUCGGUUGGGGUGAAACCAGCAAUGGACCACACGUCCAUCGAGUUAAUAGGAAGUGAUAGGCCGGGUUUACUCUCCGAGGUCAGUGCAGUUCUCACCAAUCUAAAAUGCAACGUGGUCAAUGCCGAGGUAUGGACACACAACACCCGAGCUGCAGCCAUAAUGCAAGUGACCGAUGAUGAUACGGGCGGGCCCAUUAGUGAUCCCGAGAGGUUGUCACUAAUAAAGAAGCUAUUGUGCAAUGUGCUUAAGGGAAGCAACCGGAGUAGAGAUGCAAAGACACAGGUCACUCAUGGGGUCACUCAUGCCGAUAGAAGGCUUCAUCAGUUGAUGUUUGCUGAUAGGGAUUAUGAACGGUUGAGUGAGGAAGACGGUUUUGUAACUGAUCAAGAAAGGCCUAAUGUGAGUGUGGUCAAUUGGCACGAUAAGGACUACUCAGUUGUGACUGUCCAUUGUAAGGAUAGACCAAAGCUUCUGUUUGAUAUAAUAUGCACUUUGACUGACAUGCAAUAUGUGGUUUUUCAUGGCAGUGUGGAUACUAGUAGAGCAGAAGCUCAUCAUGAGUACUGCAUCAGGCAUGUGGAUGGAUCUCCUGUAAAAUCUGAAGCAGAAAGACAAAGAAUAAUUCAAUGUCUUGAGGCAGCCAUACUGAGAAGGGUAUCUGAGGGCUUAAAGCUAGAACUAUGCACAACCGACCGAAGUGGACUGCUAUCCGAUGUCACUAGAAUAUUCCGUGAGAACAGUCUCUCAGUGACCAGAGCAGAAGUGACAACAAGAGCUGGGAAAGCUUUGAACACGUUUUAUGUACGUGACGCGUCGGGGUAUUCCGUUGAUCCUAAGAUCGUGGAGUCUAUUAGGAAAACCAUUGGGCAGACAAUACUUCGUGUGAAAGGCGGAAACGCUGAAGCUGCUAAUCCUCCCCCAGAAUCCCCAACCAGGUUCCUCUUUGGUGGCCUCUUCAAGUCGAGAUCCUUUUGUAAUUUCGGUUUGGUCAGAUCAUAUUCUUAAGAAGUGGCUGUUACAGCCCUCUCCUCUUUGUAAAUAUAUUCUAGGCCUUUUUAGGGUGUGUGCUUAUAAGAAGUCCAUUAGUAGCAUCAAAGUUUCUUCCUUUUCUACAAGGAAAAGGGGCACAUGCCAUAGCUAGUGGUUGUAAAUAUGUUUUUUUAACUUUUUAUUCAACUGGAAAUGAACUCAACACCUUGUUGAUCAAUGUUUCAGUCUAGUAGUAUAGCUAUCUGCAGAUCUAUUAGUCCCUUUUUUACAUGUUAGCUUAUGAUAUGUUUGGUUGAGA